CUGUGACCAGUCAAAAUGUCCGCCCUCAAACAGGUCUGUGAGGUGUCUGUGUGCAGUUUAACAAACUGAAACCACUCUCUGGUGUCGGGCUAAUUAUAAGCAGGCCGCACCUGAGAGCAGAUUGCCAAACAACUGCCUGACAGUGUGAGCGGUGUAAACGUAGAUCAGCUUCAGGAGCGUGACAUCCCCCAUUAUCUGAUUGUAUUUUAUUGCCGGUACAUAUGAGGAAGCUACGGUACAACCCAACAAAUGAUUCACUGUUUACAGCCCUGUUUCUUUUCUGUUGGAUCAGUUCGACUGACUGUUAAACCACUCUGCGCUCUCUAUAUUUCUUUCACUUCAGAGUUUUACGACUCGGUCUCCUCUGUCUGUUGUGCUCACAUGGGUGGUUUGUGGUAUUGUUCACAUUCUAAUAUCUCCAGAUUUAGCCCGGUCGUUCAUCUUUAUCAUCUGCCGUUUACAACAUAAUUGUAAGAAGCUCAUUGGCUGCACUUGACCCAUGAUCUUCUUCUUUCUGAUCAUGGAUCAGGAAAAAUAAGAUACUGGCAUUUGGGUAAUUGGUAUUCCACUUUUAUUGCGAUCACAGACACUAUCGUAUUUAAGAGGUUGUUUUGCAAAUGAUUAUUUUUUUCCCCGCCUUAGAAACCUGUAACCAUUUAAAUACAGUAAUUAACACAUUUGGGAGUCGGUAUUACAUGCUAUAUGUUUUUAUGGGCACUUGUGGAUAUUGUUCAAGGUAGAUACUGUAGCAGUGUUAUUGCUUUAACACGUCAGCUUCUGUAAAGCUGACGUUUCAGUCGUCAGACUUCAUUUUAUGCAGGUUAACCACACUGUGUUGAAACGCUACUGAAAUAGAUGCUCUGUGAGGUCGUGAUUAAAGCCUGGAUUCUAGUGGUCAGUGAGUCUGUGUGGCUCAGCCUUCACAGGAGCAAAGUCAAAGGGCCAUAAAGUGAGACACUGCUGGAAAAACGUAGUGCUCCGUAGGCAUUAACGGAGAAGGUCCUUCCUGCAGCAGCAGGAGCUUUCAACGAAGGCACGGCUGUUCUCGGACUGGAUCCACAUUUCCAUCAUGACACAUUUCAGACCGGGAGACUUUGUGUGGCUGGACACUCGUGAUGGGAUGACAAUCGGAGCACAGGUUAAGGUGGCAGACACCGGGCAGGUUCAGUUGAUCGAUGAUGAAGGGAAGGUGCGCAAUAUCAAGAAGAAGAAAGAGGCUAACCUACGCCCCAUGCACCCCACCUCUGUGGAGGGUGUGGAUGACAUGAUAAGGCUCGGUGACCUCAACGAAGCUGGCCUCCUCAGGAACCUGUUUGUGCGACACCAAGCGGGUGUCAUAUACACAUACACAGGCUCCAUUCUGGUUGCAGUGAACCCUUACCAGCUGCUGCCCAUCUACACCACAGAGUAUGUGCACAAGUACACGGACCGACGGCUGGGUGAACUGCCCCCGCACGUCUUCGCCAUCGCAGACAGCUGCUUCUUCAACAUGCGCCGCAACAAAAAGAACCAGUGCUGUGUCAUCAGUGGAGAGUCAGGAGCUGGGAAAACUGAGAGCACCAAGCUGAUGCUGCAGUUCCUGGCUGCAGUGAGCGGUCAGCACACCUGGAUAGAGCAGCAGAUCCUCGAAGCAAACCCAAUCCUAGAGGCCUUUGGCAACUCUAAAACAAUUCGCAAUGAUAACUCCAGUCGAUUUGGGAAGUACAUUGACAUCAAGUUCAGCGAUGCCGGGGCCAUUGAAGGGGCCCGUAUUGAGCAGUACCUGCUGGAGAAGUCAAGAGUUUGUCGCCAGGCGCCUGAGGAACGAAACUACCAUGUGUUUUACUACAUGCUGGUGGGGAUGUCAGCAGAGCAGAAAAAGACCCUUUCUCUUGGAGACGCUUCUGAGUACAAGUAUCUGACCAUGGGCAACUGCACAAGCUGUGAAGGACGUGAUGAUGUGAAGGACUAUGCUCACUUCCGUUCAGCUCUGAAGAUCCUUACGUUCACAGAGAACGAUUCCUGGGAAAUCUUCAGGCUGCUCGCUGCCAUCCUACACUUGGGCAACUUGGAGUUUGAGAGCGCUGUGAUAGAGAACUUGGAGACCUGUGACAUCCGCAAAUCAUCCCAUUUCAGCAUGGCUAGCCAGCUCUUGGAGGUUAACCCCAAACAGCUGGCCAAGUGUCUGACUCAGCGCUCCAUCACGACCGCCAGGGACUGUGUGGUCAAACGCCUGACACCUGUUCAGGCUGUGGACGGCAAGGACGCCUUUGUCAAAGCUAUUUAUGGAAGGCUUUUCCUUUGGGUUGUGGACAAAAUCAACAGUGUCAUUCACAAGCCGCCCAAGGAUGAGGACGAUGACGAAGAGGUCCAACACUCAAUAGGCCUUCUGGACAUUUUUGGCUUUGAGAACUUCGACAACAACAGCUUUGAGCAGCUCUGCAUUAACUUUGCCAACGAACAGCUGCAGCAGUUCUUUGUCAAGCACAUUUUCACGCUUGAGCAGGAGGAGUACAUCCAGGAAAACAUUGUCUGGGACCACAUCGACUACAACGACAACCAGGCCACUUUGGACGUACUGGCCAACAAACCAAUGAACAUGCUGGCCCUUAUUGAUGAGGAGAGCAACUUCCCCAAGGGCACAGACACCACCAUGCUCCAAAAGAUGAAUCAGUUUAUUGAGAAAGGGAAUGUCUACCUUCCCCCAAAGAACGACCAUGAGACACAGUUUGGAAUCCAACAUUUUGCGGGAGUGGUUUUCUACGACACAAAAGGUUUUCUUGAAAAAAACCGUGACACCCUCACCUCAGACGUGAUUGUGCUGGUGGAGACCUCCAAGAACAAACUCCUCAAGCAGGCGUUCCAUGCUGAACUGUCCUCCAGCUCCAGCACAGUCAGGAGCAGCGCCUCUGCAAAGAUCACCAUAAACACACCCAAGAACAGCCUCCAGCAAGGAUCUGAAAGCAAAAAGCUUGUUCCGACCCUGAGCGCCCAGUUCCGUCAGUCCCUGGACUCCCUGAUGAAAACGCUGACUGCGUGCCAGCCCUAUUUCAUACGCUGCAUCAAACCCAAUGAUGACAAGAAGCCCAAGCUGUUUGACAGAGAGCUGUGCAUGCGCCAGCUCCGUUAUUCUGGUAUGAUGGAGACCAUCAAGAUCCGGAAAGCUGGGUACCCCAUACGCUACACUUUCAGUGAGUUUCUGGAACGCUACCGGGUCCUCCUGAAGUCUUCCAUCUGUGAUCCCAAAAAAGAAAGCCCAGAGAAAUGCUGCAAAAGCAUUUGUAGAACCGUGCUUAAGAAAGAAGGCGACUGGAAGACUGGCAAGACGAAGAUAUUCCUCAAGGACCUCCAUGAUAUGAUUCUGGAGCUGGAGCGAGUAAAGGAACUUAACAAGAAAGCACUUUUGAUCCAGAAAGUUAUGAGAGGCUACAAAUACAGGAGGGACUUCCUGAGGCAAAAAUCAGCUGCCCUUGUCAUUCAGAAAUACUGGAGAGGACACAAAGGCAGGAAGCUGUACAGAGCAGUGAAGCUGGGCUUCGGAAGGUUACAGGCACAGAUCCGCUCGCGCCGAAUGCAGCAACAGUAUAAGAAGAAACGCAACGCAGCGCUCGUGCUGCAGACCCAUUAUCGAGGAUACCGGGCCAGGAAGAAAUAUAAGCAUGACAGAGCAGCUGUGAUCAAACUGCAGGCAAACGUCAGGGGACUGUUGGCAAGAAAAGCCCUGGAGAAGAAGAAAAGAUAUAUGACCCUCUCUGCCAAGGAGAAAGAAGCAGAGAAGCAGAUGAUUUUGCAGAGGCAGAAACGCUUGGAGGAAGUGUUGAAGAAAAAGAGUGAGAAGGAAGCCAAAGCAGAGUCUGAAGUCAUCGCACAUCAGGACAUGGUGGAUACUGUGUUUGGAUUCCUGCCCCUCGACAUUGUUGGAGGGCAGGAGGGGCAAGCACCCGUGGGCUUUGAGAAUUUUGAGAGCAAAAGGAAGAUCGAGGAGAUAGACAUCGACGAGAUCCCCAUGGAGGAAGAUGUUAACAAAGAAGACUACGAUGACCUGGAUGAGUAUCCCUUCUCCAAGUUUGCCUCCAUGUAUUUCCAGGGUACAGCCAAUCACACCCACAUCCGUCAGCGGCUUCGACAGCCCCUGCUCUACCAUGAGGACGAGGGAGACGUUCAGGCCUCGGUGACAGUGUGGUGGAUUAUCUUGAGGUUCAUGGGAGACCUCCCUGAGCCAAAGAAACCGGUCAACGCUGAGGGAACCUACACAAAGGACCGAUUUUUGCCGCAGGAACUGAUUGCCAGAAAUAGCGUGCGUGUCAGUAAGACGGAGGACCAGAAAAGCAAACAGCUUCGCACCGUGCAGACUGUGAGUGAAGACAACGAUUCUAUGAAUGGAGAAGGACUCACCCUGGACAGGCCACUGACAAAUCUUGAAAAACUCCACAUCAUUGUGGGAUAUGGCAUUUUCAGACCAGACCUCAGGGAUGAGAUUUACUGUCAAAUCUGCAAGCAGCUUCAUGAUAACACCAAUCGGAACAACUCCCUACGUGGUUGGAUCCUGCUGUCCCUCUGUUUGGGCAUUUUUCCUCCAAGUGACCGCUUCAUGAAGUACCUUCAAAGUUUCAUCCGUGUCGGUCCAGGAGGUUAUGCUUCCUACUGUGCUGAAAGGCUACAGCGCACCAUGAUGAACGGAGUGCGAGGAGAGCCUCCAGCAUGGCUGGAGCUGCAGGCAACCAAGACAAAGAAGCCCCUGACGGUUUCUGUGACACUGAUGGACAGGCGCGCCAUUAACCUUCCUAUCGACCCAGCAUCUACAGCCAAAGAGAUCUGCCAGCUACUCUCCAACAAGAUCAAACUCAAAGACACCUUUGGCUUUUCUCUGUAUAUCGCUUUAUAUGAGAAGGUGUGGCCUCUGGGCAGCGGUCGACAGCACGUGAUGGAUGGCAUCUCAAGGUGUGAGCAGGAAGUGAAGAAAAGGGGAGGCCAGGAGCAGCACGCACCGUGGCGUCUCUUCUUCCGCAAGGAGAUCUUCACCCCCUGGCACGACUGCAAGGAGGACAAGAUAAGCACAGACCUCAUCUACAAACAGAUCAUCCAUGGUCUGAAGUUUGGGGAGUACCAGACUAAUAAGGAGGAUGCCCUCGUUGAGCUCGCUGCAAAACAUCUGUACAUCCAGCAUGGCUCAGACAGCAGUCCGCAGAACGUAAAGGAGGCUGUACAAGAAUGCAUCAACAACUCUCUUCUGGAGGCCAAGGCAGAGACCAAGUGGAUGCAAAUGGUCAGCACGGCUCACGCUCAGGCUCCAUAUAUGAAGUCAGGACAAAAGGCAGAUUCGCUGAAGGCAGAGAUGGUCGACUACGCCCGAGAGAAGUGGCCCAUGUUCUUUUCCAGGUUCUACGAGGUCACCAAGCUGUCAGGUCCUACACUCUCAAAGAGACAGUUCAUUGUGGCCAUUAACUGGACUGGUAUCACUUUCCUGGAUGAGAGAGAGAGGAGGUUGCUGGAACUCUCCUUCCCAGAAGUCAGUGCAGUCAACAAUUUAAGUAAAGUGGGCCAGACCAUGACUCUGGUCACACUGAAAGGAGAUUUCACCCUGGGCGGAUCCACUGUUGAUGACAUGGCUGAGCUGAUCACCAUGUUCCUCUGCGGACUGACAGAGCGGUCCCAGUAUGCCGUGGCCGUGAAGGAAGUCAGCAGGAAAGAUGACCCCAAUUUACUCAGCUUCAAGAAAGGAGAGCUGAUUUUAAUUGUGAAGGACGAGGAGUUCUCUCAGCAGCGUGACUGGAUAAAGGGCCAAAACGAGAGAACCAAAAAAACAGGAGCCGUCCGCAUGGAGACCAUCCUAAUCCUGCCAACACUCAGCCGUCCCUCCAACGAGAUCAUUAGUCUCGUCAACCUGUCUCCAAACCAGAGGAAGAACAUCAUAGAGGCACACCAGAAAGAAACUGGCACUGUGGAGAGACAGACUCUGGCCACACUGAAAGAAUUCUCUCUCGAGUAUUUCAGGCAGCCCACUAAGGACGUGAACCGUCAGGUGAUUUCUAGGAACGCUGCUCCCGAGAGGCUGUGGGCCAACUCCAGAGAGCCAAUCAGACAGCCCCUCCUCAAGAAGCUGGUGGGCAACUCGGAGCUCAGCAACAGAGCCUGUCUGGCUUUCACUGCGAUCCUGAAGUAUAUGGGAGAUUACCCCACCAAGCAGAUGCAGAGUCCUCUGGAGCUCACUGACCAGAUCUUCGGCGGCGCCACUCAAAACGAGAUGCUCAGGGAUGAGAUCUACUGCCAGAUCAUGAAGCAGAUGACCCAUAACAACAACAGGUUCAGCUUAGAGCAGGGCUGGCAGCUGCUGUGGCUCUGCUGCGGCCUGUUUCCUCCCAGCCAGGCUCUCUUGAAGCACGCCCAGCGAUUUUUGGAGUCGCGACGCAGAGAGCCCCUCGCUUCAGACUGCCUGCGGCGGCUGCAGAGCUCUCUGAGGGCGGACCCCAGGAAGCUCCCACCUCAUGAGGUGGAGGUGGACGCCAUCCAACAAAACAGCACCCAGAUCUUCCACAAAAUCCUCUUCCCCAACGACUCAGAGGAGAGAUUUGAGGUGGCGACCAACACCAGGAUCAGGGACCUCAUCCGGAACAUCACCAAGAAGCUCAACAUGGCUUCAUCAGACGGCUUCAGCAUUUUUGUCAAAAUACACGACAAGGUCAUCAGUUUGAAUGAGCAGGACUACUUCUUUGACAGUCUGAGACAAAUUACUGAGUGGACCAAGAAAGCCAAGGGCAUCAAAGAUGGUGGGUCAGUUAACAUAUCCUACCUUGUGUACUUCAUGAGGAAGUUGUGGUACAAUGUGAUCCCUGGCAGGGACACAGUGGCCGAUCUUAUCUUCCACUUCCCUCAGGAGCUACCAAAGUACUUGAGAGGCUAUCAUGUUUGCAAAAAAGAGGAAGUGGUCAACAUCGCAGGUCUCCUCUUCAGAAUAAAGGUCAACGAUGACAAGACCCAGUUUGUCAUGAUUCCCAGGCUGCUGAAGGAGCUGGUGCCCAUGGACCACCUGAAGCUCAUGUCUGAUAAUGAGUGGAAGAAGAGCAUUGUCGCCUCUUAUAACAAGCAAGGUGGUAUGACUCCUGAUGAAGCGAAGGUGGCUUUUCUGAAGGCGGUCUACCGCUGGCCGACGUUCGGCUGCGCUUUCUUUGAAGUGAAGCAAACAUCGGAGCAGAAUUUGCCCGACAUCGUGCGAAUAGCCAUCAGCAAGCAAGGGCUCUCCAUCAUCCACCCUAAAACCAAGGAGGUGCUGGCGAGUCACCCAUUCAACCGCAUCGCUAACUGGUGCAGUGGUAGCACCUAUUUUCACAUGACUCUGGGCAGUUUAGUCAAGGGAAACAAAUUCCUGUGUGAAACGUCACUGGGUUACAAGAUGGACGAUCUUAUUACCUCCUAUGUCAACCUGUACUACAGAGAGACGAGGCCAACGCAAACCAGGAACCAGCACUACAACUACUGAAGUCAGUUUGACGAGAGCGGUGCAGCUUGUGCUCGUGGCCACAGGGAAGCAGAGCGGGUGGGGGUGGGGGUGGGGGUGGGGGGGGGGGGGGUGCCGGUCUGUCAAAUUUGUGGUAAAAACAAUAAAGAAAUCAUUGGGUUAGGGUUGUAGAUUCCUCACGUUUUAUUUAAAGCCAUGUACACAACUGACAUAAUCGAAAGUGAAGAACAGUAGUUUAUUAAAGCUUUUUCUUGAGCUCUGAAGAACCUACGGGGAGAAAUUGGUCCCUUUAGACUUUAUCAAUGAUCCACAAAACGGUGUGUUCAGGAGCUAAAGCUUCCCUAAAGUGUUUAAACGUUUAUUACAACUAAAAGUCGCGUUUCAUCCAUCUCAUAGAUCAGUAAUACCAUUUUGCUUUUUAAAUACUGAUUGUACACAUACUGUCUAAUGCACCUUGCGUUUUAUUUUUGUGUUUGUCUUUUAAGAGUAAUUUCAUGUCCUCUGAUCCAGCAAUAUGUGUCGCAUUAAAGUGCAAUGAAACACUUUUCAUUUUCACGAAUGUCGCGAGUUUUUCAUUUACGUUUCAGACAUCAGCAGCAUUGUUUUGGAUAUUUAUUCCUUUUUCGGUGGCGUGCACAAGCUCAAGAAAGAUCGCCUGUCACCCUCCUUUAUUUAGAUUGCCGCGUACAUUGAUGAAUCUUGUUUGUACUUGUUGAUCCUGAGGAAUAAUUCUGUCGCUAUGAGGUGAAUGUUUCUCCAUAUUAAUCUGCCUGACUUGAAAACAUUAAAGGUGAGCUGUGGAA